AUGCGGUUACUAGAAACAAGCACUUUAAAAAUACACGAGUUUCAGGGCAGCUUCGAAGAUGACUACGCGAUUUUAUCCCAUACAUGGGGUCUGGAAGAAUGCACUUUCCAGCAACUGGAGCAACCCAGUGGCGCCGCUCUCAAAGGCUACGAGAAAAUAAGGCUGUGUUGCCAACAGGCACAGCGUGACAAUAUCAAAUGGGCUUGGGUGGAUACUUGCUGUAUCGACAAGACCAGCACUGCCGAGCUUUCGGAGUCAAUCAACUCCAUGUUCCUGUGGUACCAGAAGGCCAAGAUAUGCUAUGCAUAUCUUGAUGAUGUCAACGACGUAUCUGAACUCGCACGCAGCAGGUGGUUUUCUAGAGGUUGGACGUUGCAGGAGCUAAUUGCCCCCAAAUAUGUCAACUUCUAUUCCACCAACUGGGACUUCCUUGGAAACAAAAAUGAUCUACGGGACGACCUAGUCACCAUCACGAGCAUACCGCAAGAUGUUUUAUCAGGUGCAAGUGAAUUUCGGCACGCAUGUAUUGCCACCAGGAUGCGAUGGGCCGCCAAUCGCCAGACCACGCGCCUCGAGGAUUUGGCAUACUGCCUCAUGGGGAUUUUUGACGUCCAAAUGCCACUGCUUUAUGGGGAAGGCAAGCGGGCCUUUACGCGGCUGCAGCAAGAAAUUAUGAAAGGCUCGGAAGACCAGUCCCUGUUUGCUUGGGGUCUGUCCGAGUCACCCUACUCAACCGAACAGCUUCAGCAUGCCCUCUCUAUCGACGAGACAUAUGGCCUCCUUGCUGAUUCACCUCGAGACUUCUUGUUGGCGGCCGAGGUCGAACCCAUGCGCAGCAAACAACAGUCCAAUUCCACGUCAAAAGCGAGCACAAGUGUACAAAUUGACUUGCCCGUUGCUCAGAUCGCCGGUAGACAAAUCGCAAUUCUUGCUUGUACAAUAUCCAAACGCCAUGGAACAUAUCUUGGCUUUCAUCUGAACCAUUGGGAUAAGUUCUAUACGUCACGUGGUGGGGCACUCUUGGCCAUUCCAGCCCAUGGUUGGGUUACGAGCCGGGUCAUGACACUGGAAAUGAGAGAGGUCAGCAGUGGCCUGCCCCGAACACGACCGCCUACUAUUAGAAUUGUACUUAAACCUGAACCCCCGUCAGAAGGCUUCCGCUCUACACACGAUGGCUUCCGCUACUAUAAGAAACCCGAGAUCCAUGUUCUACAAGGUGGAUCGUAUGUUGCGCAGCAAGAUGUGAUCGUGCCACAUUACGACUCUGGUCCUAGUGCUGUGAUGAUCUUUGAAUCCAGUGAAUGGAUACGUGCUUUUAACGAGGGUCAUGGCAACUGGACAGGACCUCCAACAGGAUUUGCACUCACUAUUGGAGUAGACCCACGGCCUUGGGUUGCAUUUGUGCCUAUUCUACAUCCAGACUAUGCGCCAGGCCAGUUCGAUCACCUUGCAAAUUUGAACCCGGAAUUUAUCAAGUUCUGCAUGACAAAAUCCACAUUACUCGAGACACUGUCAAGAAAAGAGGGUAUCACAGGGUUCUUGGCAUCUCGAGCUGAGGAACUUGAGCUGUUGUUGGAUAAAUGGACGUAUGACCGUGCUAAUAAAGCAGGUUCGAUAUACUACAAUAAGAUCACUCUAAGGGUUUCCUUUAGAGAUGUCCCGGACGAAGCCUUCGUCGAUUCAGAGGUUCUUAUUCGAAUACGUGAAGAGUAA